AUGGCGAAGAAGUGCGCCACCAGCAGCUACUGCUCCAUCUUCUGCACCAUGGAGCUCCUUGCCGUUGGUGCGCAGAUCCUUGGGGGGGUUCAGCUAUAUCGUCGCGAUACUCCAGCAAGGAAGGACAAGCGGGUUACCUGGCCGAUGGACAACAAGCAACAAGAUGACACCAAUGAGCCCGGGCCCCGCAAUAGGGGCCCCAUGUGCGUGAGUGUCGAGUCUCUGGUGAAUGAGCAACCUGGCGGCGCCGCGUCCCCGCCGGACGAGCGACCUGCCGGCGGCGAGCCUCCGCUAGACAAGCAGCCUGACGUCGUCGACAGCAACGCCGACACCGGCAUGGACGCCUUCAGCGCCAGAGCACAGUACCGGGUCCAGACCUCCGACGAGGUGUUCAGCGAUGUUCACAACGCCAUUGGUGUUGACGAUGAGAUGAAGCAACCCGAGGAAGAGAAGGAGGCAGGGAACGGGUCCUUGGAGAAGACUAUGGGGGCUGCUGUGCAAGCGGAGCUCGAUAAAAUAAGGGCCGAAACUCCCGAGGAAGCUGGCGAGCGCAUCGCCAAUGCAAUCGUCUUUGGCGAGUUGUACAUUAAUGGCGACAAGAACAGCCUUAUCGCUGCAGGAAUACCUGAUCGAGCUCAUGAGGGCGGCAGAGAUCUUACUGCCUUUGAUGAACUGCAGUUUUACACUGGACGACGAUACUUGGGAAAAGAACAAGCUCACGGUAACAGCCCAUGUCUUCGACUCGAUGCAAUGCUGGAAUUCAAAGAGGAAGUGCUAGCUGACGAGUACCCCGAAGCUGUAAUCGAGGUGUUACAAUAUAUGCGGCGGAGGAAAUACACGACUGGCCUUGAUGUGGAGCAGCAGUUCUUCGACAUAUGUGUUGGCGUGGACGCACUUCGUGCCGAGUUAGCUGACAUGAAGAACGAGUUAGCUGACGUGAAGAUGGAACUUCGAUCCCUCAAGGCGUCAGUGGAGACCGAACUGCAGUCCGUCAGGGCGUCAGUGCAGUCCCUCAAGGCAUCAGUGGAAUCACUAAUUGCUGCUCAAGCCGCCGCUGCUGAGAUGAUAAGCCGGGAUAAUGCACGCCUACGAGAGGAGAUCGCUCGGUUGACGCGGGCGGCAGCAUUAAUACUGGGAACACCCCAAGAAUGA